AUGGUUGUACUAGCGGUUUCUAUCACUACUCGUAAGGGUAAGCCUUUAUUGUCUAGACAAUUCAGAGAUAUCACGAAAGAUCGUGUUAUGGAAUUGUUGUCGAAUUUCCAGACUUUAGUUGCCAAUUCCUCAAAGCAGCACACUUUUGUUGAAGAUGAACAUGUCAGAUAUGUUUACAAGCCAUUUGAUGAUUACUAUAUUAUUUUGAUUACGAAUCUUCAUUCCAAUAUAAUCCAGGAUAUGGACACGUUGAACAUUUUUGUGCAAACGGUUGAUUCUACUCUGAAGGGUCUAAGUGAGGAAGAUGUUUUCGAUAGUGCGUUCGAUAUCUUGAACUCAUUCGAUGAAAUCAUUACUAUGGGCUACAAGGAGAAUCUAUCUUUAACUCAGAUUAAGACCUUCUUAGCAAUGGAAUCUCAUGAGGAAAGAAUACAGGAAAUUAUUGAACGUAAUAAGGAAUUCGAAGCAGCGGAAGAAAGAAAGCGUAGGGCAAAAGAGAUUUCGAGAAAGGAACAAGCAAGAAAAUUGGGUAUUCCGGACACUCAGGAAUUCACCGGUAUCCAUGGUGGUGUUAUGAACAAGGCGUAUGACAGUUACUACAGCCAUGCUUCAUCCGCGGCUCAACAGUCACACAUGCACACGCAAUCUAAUCAAGGUAUUCAACAACAGAAUUUAGCACCACAGCAACAACAGCAACAGCAGUAUGCAAACCGUGAGCCUUUGGGUGGUAAAGGUUUGCAAGUCAAUGGGCCAAGAAGAGGCGUUGAAAGACCGAUCAAGAACGUGGAAAGACAAUCAUUAUCAGUUCAAACAGCAACUCUGCCUGAAGAAGAAAAGCCUAUCAACAAUGGUAUUUUAAUUAGCGUAAAAGAAACUAUUAACGCUGAAAUUUCCCGUGAUGGUGCUAUCAUGGGCUCAGAGUUAAAGGGUGUGUUAGAAUUACGUGUUAAUAACCCUGAUCUUGCACAUGCCAAACUAUGUCUCGGUACAGACGUCAAUGUCAAGGACAAAACGUAUCAAUUCAAAACCCAUCCAAAUGUGGACAAGGCUGGUUUCUUAACUAACAAAACGAUCGGGCUAAGAGAUCCUAACAAACCAUUCCCAUCCAAUGAUCAAAGUUUGGGUGUGCUAAGAUGGCGUAAGGUUAAGGGUGCUGAUGAACAUGAUUUGAUCCCAUUAGAAAUUUCAACAUGGUUGUCUCCAUCUUCAGAAACGGAUAAUGCCAUUGAUGUUACUUUUGAAUAUGAAGUCAACAGUGAUUACGAAGGAACUAUCGAUGAAUUACGCUUCUUGAUUCCUGUCUUCACCGAUACUGUAUUCAUCAAAGAUGAUCUAAACGAGGCUAAUGCAAUCGUAGAGGCCAUUGACGAGUCCCAAGGUAUUAUCAUUAAGGUGGACCCAAUUGAAUCCGGUCAGUCAAGCGUAUUCAGUGUUACUGUCCAAGCUGCUUAUGAAGAUGCGUUAUUCCCUAUCGAAGUUGCUUUAAAGAACAGCAAUGCCAAACCAUUGUCUAACCUAAAUAUUGCUUCUGUUGUAUCUGCCGCAGAUGACACUGAACUACCAUUCGACACCGUAUCUACCUUGAAGAGUGAACAAUAUGUCGUAGUGUAA